AUUUUGUUACAAACUAUGCGCGCCGUUCCACACAAAGGGCUGACGCGCUUGCACUGGAAUUGUGACAAGGACUCUUCUUUUCCUUUAUGAACGUACUAUAGGGUUGAUGUUUCCAUCAUACAAAUCAACUGACUUUCCUAUAAAAUUCUAGCGACAAGGCGCGAUGGCUUGAUACAAUGAGUAGCCCAGGCAACAUGUUCCUUGGGGACGCAGUGAGCUCCUGCGUCAUCGCAGCCGUCUUCGGCGCAUGCGUUAUCCUCGCGCUACGCUACGUCUAUUAUGUUGCCUUUUACGAGCGCAUCCGGCUCUUCCUUCGACGGCGUGGGCAGGGGUAUGAGAUGUACACGCCACUGAUUGCCGAGGAGUCAUGGGAGGGCUUGGUCUCUGCAGCCAUCGUGGGCCUAGUCUCCUGGGCCCUACUCGCCGGCCACAACGACAACUGUCACCUAACCGACACCACCGCUUGCCUGCGCGAUUGGCCUCAGCACAGGACGGCUCCCUGGGCCCUACACGCCCUCUUCCUGCUCCUGCUAGCCUGGCACUCCCACUGCACAACCAAACACUGGGUCGGGCUGGGGCGGGUGCAGGGCUGGGAUGCCGUACUGCAUCAUGCGGCAACGCUUGCACUGCUUGGAUUGUCGUACACACAAGGCCUGUUGCGCAUCGGUUUGCUGGCACACUGGUUGUUCGUGGUUACCAACCCCUUGCUAAGCGUCAGCAAGCUCAUGCAUUGCCUGGAUGCAAGAUUGUUCGUGGUAAGUAAGAAGGUCGCUUUCGGGCUCUUCGCGGCUUGCUACUUUGCAACACGCGUGGUUUUGGUGCCGCUGGUGCUGCUGCGGGUAACGCUGCAGGAGCUGCCGCGAAUGCCGUUCGAUUGGCGGUUAGCGGCGGUUGCCAACGGUGGGUUGUUGCUGUUGUACGGCAUUAGUUUAUUCUGGUUCGGGCGGUUGCUUGGGAUCUUGUUUACAGGAAAGCUGGAUGCCUCCCCGAGGCUUGUGAUGAGGGGUGAGGCACGGCGCUGGCAAAAGAAACUUUGACGGAUGUUCGGAUCGUGGACUGCUCGGCUGCCGGAGGCAGUAGGAGAGGCAGUGAGGAAGGCGCGAGCCUGCCGGUACCGUGACGCGCGCAUGAUGGUAGGCUGAAGGAGGGAAAGAAAUGUCUAACAAGUUAAAUUCCCGGUAGUUGGUGCAACGGGACAUGUGUGUAUGUGUUUGCUGCAUUCGCCUGUUGAGCUGUCGACUGACCGGCAGUCCCAUAACCGCCGCAUACAGCUUUAGACACUGCUGCCGGUGCGGGUUGGAAUGGCGAGUCCUGCCGAGAGGGAAGAUCGUUUUGUUUGAACCGCUUAACGGUGCUUUGAGUCGGCGGGGGGGCUGCCUGCCAUGCCUUUGCAGGCUGCCUUUGCAGGCUGCCUUUGCUAGGCUGGUCUGCUAGGCUGGUCUGGCUCGAUGCGAUUCAAACGAGAUGGUACUUGCACAUCGUACAUCCUCGUCGUGACGUGAUGAGCGCGCGCGGGUUUGGCUUGUUUCCAGGUUUUUAGCAAGCCGCGCGGGUGUUGCAGGGGCAGCAUGCAUACGCCCUUUUGCGCUUGGCAUGGGUAGGCCGGGCGGGCGCUGCAGUUGUCAGCGUGCAUGUUAAGGUGGCGGUGUUUUGGUGGUGGGGGGGGGGAUUAGAUAAACUGAGCCGCGGAAACACUGACCCUGACCGUAGAUUACCGGGGGGGUGCACGACAGCGUGAGCCGCCUCGGUCCCCCUCCUCCCGACGUGCGCUGUGUGCCCUGUGACGUGUGCGUACGGAGCCGGGCUGGAUUGGUGUUUCAGCAGCAUGCGGCGGUUGCUGCUUUAGCGCGGGGCUGGUCGAGGGCAGUGAGCUGCCGAGGGUUUACCACAUAACAGGCGGUGCAAGUGUGUGGGGUAGGGCGUCUUGCAGUAAAACGAGGGCAGGUAUGUUUACUGCCGCGGGAGCGGCGGGUCGGCAGUGUGUCCAACUAGCGAGGAGAGGAGGGAAGCCGCGAGGGGAAAUGGAGGGUCUCAUUGCUACCGAGCAAUUAUAGUAACAUCACCCCGUAUACUUGCGCUUGCUAGAUGUAAGAGUCGCCGCUCGACAGUGUGAAUCAAGAAGGAAGAAGUUCAGGUGGGUGCGUGCAUGCGUGAUUGUUAUCGCCUGCAUUAGCACGACCAUGCGCGGUUUGCGUAGGAGAACGUGACGGACUAAGUAGCAGGGGAGACAUAGUAGCAGGAAAGCAUUGCAUGGAUGGACGUCGCUCCUGUGGAACGAAAUGGCUGAGAGGGCAUUGCAAUUCACUUUGAAAAGUUGCGGGAUCCCUGUCCCGACCCGUGGGCCC